AUGCAAAAUGGAGCCAGCACUUCGCAUGGCGGAACAGUGGCAGAUAUCAAGGAUACAGCAAAGGAACAGGUCCUCAAGGUCCGCGGGGCAUCGGCCAUUUCCCUGCUGAAGAGCGCACGGGCACAGUGCCGCGUUGCGGAGGAAUGCGAACUAGAGGGGAACACCAAGGGCGCGCUCAGCGCGCUCACCAAGGCUGCGUCUCUCGUACAGAUGUUCAUGGACUCUGCAGAGUUCAAGCAGGAGACGCAGCCGGGACGCAGGGAUGAGGAGGAGUCCCCUGUAUUAAGAUCGACAGGCGUCGUCAGCAUUGCAGACAGAAUGCGCUCACUACAGAACGCGGGUCUCGCUGUUUCGUCGACAAAACGUCUUUCUCGAGAGAAUCUACCUCCCCCGCCAUCCUCGAGUUUCCCAAUGUUAGCGUCGCCAGUAGUCGCCAGUUCGUCCACAGUCGCGUCGCCCCACGCACUGGUGCCAACGUCGAGCUUCGGCCCCCCGUCUCCAUCGUCCUCGGCAUCGUCUUCGCCCCACCUGUCUCACCUCAGCUUGUCAGAGUUCGGUAAGGCCUUUCCAUCAAUAGACGAGCUGGAUGAGGCGGACGGGUUGAAGCUGCCGUCCCUGCCCACCGGUUCGAGCAUAGGCAGACAGGAUGGAUUCCCGCCGCAGCUGUUUGCACAUCCGAAGCCGUUCCCUGCUCUUCCCAUGGACCCCGGUCCCCGGCCAUCCAGCACGCCUAUUCCACCGACGAUCAACACUUUCGCGAGCCGGCCUGCCUCUCCCGCCCGCUCGCCGUUGUCACCCACUAAGCCGCCGGAGAUCCCGGUGUCCACAACAUUGUUCCCGAAGGCGCUGCUGGACUACAACCGGCGGCAUAAUUUCAAGGUACUGGUAUUGGACGUGCGGACGCGUGGGGAUUUUGAGAAGGAGCAUAUUAAGGCAGAUGCUAUCGUAUGCAUCGAGCCAAGCGUCUUGCUGCGCAACGACGUCACCGCGCAGACCAUCGAAGACUCGCUUGUAGUCGCGCCUCGGAAUGAGUCUAUGCUCUUCGCAAAUCGCGACAAGUUCGAUCUUAUUGCGGUGUACGAUGAGUCGUCCGAGACCUUUGGCGAUGCGAAUUCGCCUUUGGCUAUCUUCGUCCGAGCCGUCUACGAGCGUGCAUUCCGCAAAAUCCUGAAGCACCCACCAAUGCUAUUGGUAGGCGGCCUGCAGGCGUGGAAACGGGAAUUCGGAGAGACCGAGCUGGUCCGCGGCGGAUCGAGUACUGGCUCUGACGUUGGGGAUGUAGCUCCGCCGCCUGCUUUUGCAUCGACCCCCAGUUAUGAGCAGUCGACAGGCGGUCGCCAUCGAGCAGGCACAGAGUCCUCUGUCGACGCUCAUAGACCCUGGAUACCGCCCCAGCCCACUCCGCCGUUCUCGCCCGAACAGUCGCCAGCGUCCUUCCGUUCUGGCCCAGAUUCCCCUCUGUCCCCGCCGCUAGAUCAGGCGAAGCGCUUGGUACGCAAACAUGCGAUUACCCGGCCAACGUCAAACUCGAUAUCCUACUCCUCGCCCUCAAUACCGGAAAACGCAACCGCACAAUAUGUAUCUCCAGCUCUGAUCAACGGAGCGACUAUCCAAUACCCCAGCGUUACCCGCCAUAUAUCCCCACAAAUCUCCGGAUCGUCCUUUUCUUCUUCCCCUGCACUCAAUGGCAUUGUGUCGAUGCCUCCUCAAGCGUCUAUCAACCCGUCUCCGCUCUCGCGACGCCGGAGUGAUUACGUUGACCAGUCACAAGAAGCCCUAUCUGGUCUAGUUGCACGCCCGUCUAUAGACUAUCCUGAUCUCUCGUCGCAGCACGUACUAAGACCACCACCUGCCGCCGCCGCCUCCGGAAUGGAGAGACAGGAUAACCGGCCUCGCCUCCUGCAAAGCCAAUCGUACUCGAUACAGCCGACAGGUCCUAAGCCCCCGACUAUACAGUCCGACUAUCCUGUCACAUAUUGGGCCGAUAUCCAGAUUGGUACCUCAGGUCUCAAGAAUCUCGGCAACACCUGCUACAUGAACUCAACGAUACAGUGCUUGAGUGCGACGGUACCUUUUUCAAGGUUCUUCACAGAUGGGCGAUGGAAGAGCGCGGUUAACAUGAUGAAUCCGAUGGGUACAAAAGGAAAUCUAGCAAAUGCAUUUGCGAAUAUUUUGCGAGAUAUGUGGCAAGGCGAAAUGCAAUGUCUGUCCCCUGUAACAUUCAGGCGGUCUCUAUGCAUGUACGCGCCCCAGUUUGGAGGCACUGAGCAGCACGAUUCACAAGAGUUCCUCAAUUUCCUUCUGGAUGGUCUACACGAGGACCUCAACAGGGUCCUUCAGAAGCCACAGAUAGAGACUACGCCGGAACGCGAAGCCGAGCUCGAAAGGCUUCCGACUCAGAUCGCCAGCGAGCAGGAAUGGCAGAUCUGGCGCAUGCGCAACGAUAGUCUGGUUGUCGACUUCUUUCAGGGUCAGUUUCGCAAUCGCCUCGAAUGUCUUACGUGUCAUAAGACGUCAACAACGUACAACACAUUCAUGUAUCUGACCUUACCCAUUCCCAUUGGCCGCGGAUCAAAGGUCUCCCUAUAUCAGUGUUUGGAUGCUUUCGUCAAGGAGGAAGUAAUGGAGAAGUCAGAUGCUUGGAACUGCCCGCAUUGCAAGACUCUUCGGAAGGCAACCAAGAACUUGUCUUUGUCUCGUCUCCCGCCAGUCCUCCUCAUACACCUGAAGCGAUUCUCGUCGAAGGGCCACUUUACAGACAAGAUUGAGACAUUUGUCGACUACCCAAUACGGAGUCUCGAUCUGACCAACUAUAUGCCUCCGCCAUUGCCGCCUGGCGUCGAUAUGGGACUGCAGCUGUCGCGAGACGAUCCUCGAGCACAGAUACCGCCAUACAGAUACGACUUGUAUGGGGUAACGAACCACUUCGGCACAUUGAGCAGUGGGCAUUAUACCGCGUUCAUAUCUUCACGGGGAGGUUGGCUAUACUGUGACGAUAGUCGUAUAUCUCAAGCCGACACCAAGGACGUCGUUGGCAAACCAGCCUAUAUGCUGUUUUACAAGAGGACCAAAGCCUGAAGUACAUACUCAUAUUUACGCGUUGCAUAUUUUCAUUUGAGUUAUCAGUUCGCUUUUCAAAUUGUACUCCUCGCCCCAUUUGCAUUGGAUAAUCCUUUCUAUAACAAUAGUACAGUACAUGUAAUCAUAUAGGCAGCGGCAAAGAUCAUGAGGACGCGGUUCCAUUAGUGACUACAUGGUUUUCCCGGGUAUCAAUGAAGCAUCUAUGGC